AAUUUUGUAUUGUUAUUUUAUGUUUUGUUACUGAAGAACGUUUUUUUAGUAGUAAAAAAAAAUAAACUCAGUAAAAAUAAUUGCAUUAAAUAUAAAAAAAUUUAUACCCACAGAACUUUAAAAUGUCUCUCUUAAGUCAUUGCGGAUAUGUAAGUGAUAGUUGCAGUAAUAUUCCAGACUUUGAAAAAGAUGAAGUUUCCACUGGUACUACUAUUAUUGCUGCUAGUUAUGACGGAGGCGUUGUUAUCGGGGCUGAUUCUCGUACUACCACCGGAGCAUACAUUGCUAACCGAGUGACUGAUAAGUUAACAAAAGUGUCCGAUAAUAUUUAUUGUUGUCGGUCAGGAUCAGCUGCCGAUACACAAGCUAUUACUGACAUAGUUUCCUAUUAUAUGGAUCUAUCGAGCAUUCAAAUGGGAGAGCCUCCUCUCGUCAAAGCCGCAGCCAAUGUUUUUAGAAGUCUUAUUUAUGAAAACAGACAUCAGUUGACUGCUGGUGUUAUUGUUGCGGGUUGGGACAAGAAAUUUGGAGGACAAGUAUAUACAGUUACCGUGAGUGGUAUGAUAAUCCAACAAAACAUUUCAAUCGGUGGCUCCGGUAGUACUUAUUUAUAUGGAUUUAUGGACUCUCAGUACAAAGAUGGAAUGACUAGAAAAGCGUGCGAAGACUUAGUUCUUAAUGCCAUUUCUUUGAGUAUCAAACGUGAUGGAUCCAGUGGAGGUGUUGUUCGUUUAGGAACAAUUGAUCAUACUGGGGUUAUUCAAAGGAAAUUAGUUCUUGGAAAUGAAUUGCCAAAAUUCUAUGAUGGCGUUCUUGUAAAAAAACCAGGAGGCCCACACUCUGAAGAUGCCCCAAUGGCUUAAUAGUUUAAUAAAUUUAUAAUUUUUUUUUUGCAAUCAUUUAUUAAUCAUUUUGGUAAAAUGUAAUUACUAAUUAUUAUUCACUCUUGUAUUGAUUGAAAUAAAGGCAAUGUGUAUUAAAUAA